AUGUCUGAAGGAGGACUGACACAUGUUGUUAUCAACCUCAUCUACAGCGUGUCCUCUGCAGUCUACCUAGAAGGGAUGUUGUUGUGUGGGAAUGAAGGUACUGAAAUGAUGUCAUCCAUCGCGAAAUUUCUUGCAGACACUUUAGUCGCAGUUCAACACACAAAUCAACUGGAAGUUUGA